GGCAAAAAUAGCAACUCGGUUGGAGUUGCUCUUCUAAGUCGUAAGAACCCACUCUGCUCCCCUCUCGCGCUGCCGCCGCCUUCGCGCCAUGCCUCGCCGAACCGGGAACCCCUCCUCCGGGUCCAGCAGCCGCCGCCGCCGCCGCGACGAGGAGGAGGACGAGUUCCCCUCCGACGACACCGCCGACUCCGACUUCGUCGUCGACUCCAAGGACGAGGCAAAGGACGAGGACGAGGACGAGGGGUUCGCGCCCGAUGCGGACGGCGCGCCCGCGGUGGCCGUGGCGGCGCUGCCGCCGCCCUCGCUUCCGCCGCGCAAGGGGAAGGGGAGGAGGAGUAAGAAGGCGAGGGACGAGGACACGCCGCCCAUGCCGUGGGAGGAGUGGGAGGUGGCCAACGACAAGUGGCUCGACGGGCGCAUGGCGGCGGACGUGGGCGUCGAGGCCUCGGAGUCCCCGGAGGCUGCGGCGGGGUCCGUGCCGACGGCGGAGCCGGCCCCGGAGGUGGUGCUCCCGCUGCUGCGCUUCCAGAAGGAGUGGCUCGCUUGGGCGCUCGUGCAGGAGGCCUCCCCCACGCGCGGGGGUAUCCUCGCCGACGAGAUGGGGAUGGGGAAGACCAUCCAGGCCAUCUCGCUCGUCGUCACCGCGCGCCGGCUCCGGCCCCCAGGCCAGCAGGCGGCUGCCUCCUCCUCGGCGCCGCGUGGCCCUCCGAUGCAGCGGGUGGGGUGCACGCUGGUCAUCUGCCCGGUGGUGGCCGUCAUCCAGUGGGUUCAGGAGAUCGAGCGGCAUACCGCCAAAGGCAGCGUGCGUGUGCUGCUCCACCACGGCGCUAAGCGCGGCACACAGAAGUUCGAUUUCGACAACUAUGACUUCGUUAUCACCACCUACUCUACCAUCGAGGCGGACUACCGGAAGCACAUCAUGCCACCCAAGAGUCCGUGCGACUACUGCAAUAAAUUGUUAGACCCCAGCAGGAUGAAGGUGCACUUGAAGUAUUACUGUGGACCUGAUGCCCAGCGCACGGAGAAGCAGGCUAAGCAACAGAGCAAGAAGUGGGGUAGCAAGAAGGCGAAGGGAAAGAGAAGGGGUCACAAGAAGGACGGUGGCGAUGAAUUAGGAACCCAGUCAAGGGGUAUGUCACCACUGCACAUGGUGUGGUGGAAGCGGAUUAUCUUGGAUGAGGCUCAUUUCAUAAAAGAUCGACGAUGUAAUACUGCAAGGGCUGUUUUUGCUUUAGAGUCAGAAUACAAGUGGGCUCUUAGUGGAACACCCUUGCAGAACCGUGUUGGAGAACUUUACUCACUGAUUCGCUUCUUGCAAAUCUUCCCCUACUCAAACUAUUUCUGCAAGGACUGUAACUGUGAGGUACUAGAUACCCGCAGUAUGAAGAAAUUUUGUGAGUGUGGUCACUCAACUGUUAGGCACUUUUGCUGGUGGAAUAAGUACAUUUCGAAGCCAAUACAGUGGGGCUCAGCAAGUGAUGAGGGCCAAAGAGCCAUGGUUCUUCUGAAGGAGAAAGUUCUGAAAGGCAUCGUGUUAAGGCGCACAAAAAAAGGCAGAGCUGCAGAUCUUGCUCUUCCACCAAAGAUUGUGACAUUGAGGCGGGACUCUUUUGAUAAAAACGAAAUGGAAUUCUAUGAAGCUUUAUAUACUCAAAGCUGUACGCAAUUUGAUUCAUAUGUCGUGGCUGGAACAUUGAUGAACAACUAUGCUCAUAUCUUUGAUCUCCUCACAAGGUUGAGACAGGCUGUCGAUCAUCCAUAUCUUGUAGCAUAUUCUAAGACAGCAAAACUUUGUGAAGGGUUAAAAAAUGAAGGAAUGGAAAGUCAGUGUGGUAUAUGUCAUAAUAUGGCUGAAGAUCAUGUGGUUACUUCUUGUGAUCAUGUAUUCUGCAAGACUUGUUUGAUUGACUACUCUGCAACUUUGGGGAAUGUUUCAUGUCCAUCCUGUUCAAAACCCCUUACUGUGGACUUAACAACGCAAAAUUCAGGAGAAAAGGUCACUCCAAAUGCUGGGGGUCGGAAAUGCUCAGGAAUUUUAGGCAGACUAGAAAGCCUUGCGGAUUUUAAAACAAGUACAAAAAUUGAUGCCUUGAGAGAGGAGGUAAGAAACAUGAUUGAGCAUGAUGGUUCUGCCAAAGGGAUUGUGUUCAGUCAGUUCACAUCAUUCUUGGAUUUGAUUCAAUUCUCCCUGGAGAAGUCUGGCAUCAAGUGUGUCCAACUUAAUGGGGCCAUGAACAUUGCCGAGAAGAGAAGAGCCAUAGAUACCUUCACCGAUGAUCCGGACUGCAGGAUAUUUCUGAUGAGCUUGAAAGCUGGAGGAGUAGCUCUGAAUCUCACUGUAGCAUCCCAUGUUUUCUUGAUGGACCCUUGGUGGAAUCCUGCAGUUGAGAGCCAGGCCCAGGAUCGGAUCCACCGAAUCGGGCAAUUCAAGCCAAUCAGAAGCGUGAGGUUUGUGAUCAAGGACACCGUUGAAGAGCGCAUAUUGCAACUUCAAGAGAAGAAGCGACUGGUGUUUGAAGGCACCGUUGGCGACUCACCGGAGGCCAUGUCAAAGCUGACCUGAAGUUUCUAUUCCAGAUCUAACCGCUGCUCAACAUCGUCAGAGUAGCCUACCUUAGGAGCACUGACAGACAUAUAGGAAUCUUGACGGUGCCAUCAACCGUCAAGGCGUCGCUGCAUUGGUCGACUGUUUGCAUACCUUUCUGAAAGGAUGCUCUUGGGUUUUGACCAUAGUCUGUAGUGUGCAUCCCCUCAUAGCGCACAUACAAGUGGAACAUCUGUAACCCUGUCUGGGAAGGAAAGGGCGUUAUCGGCCUGUGUCGGCAUGUCAGUCGAGUUGAGGAAGGCACGAGACGCAAACUGCAAAAGCAAACACCGGGUUCCAUUCUGCGGCCUGCACCGGUGUUGGUGGCGGUGGGGGCAUUGCCGCACGGGUCUUGUGCUCGUGGACGUUGAGUGACAGACGCCUUGAAUUGCUGCUGCCUGUAACGGGAGUACAGGAACAUAUCUCAUUACACAUGAUUUCAUAAAAUAGUGAUUGCAAUAUAACAGAUAUGUAAGCACUA